CGCAAUGGUUAAUUGCCGAUCCACUAAUGUUUUGAAUAUUCAAGUAGAACCCCCCCGUGUUGAGAAAUAAACGUUUGUUAUUUGUCUGGGCAGAAUUGUCCUUUGUUUCAUUGCGGCGAAAGCAUGAUAUGCUCCCGAUGUUUUUUGCGCACUGCUAGGUUUGCUCGACAGCAGUGGUCGUUAUUCCAAUGGCGGGCUGUGACCACAACACCGGAAUCCGGAGUUUCUGCAGCUCUACUCAACCGGGCUCGCUCUCUGGCGAAGGAGCAUUCUGCGCUUUCUACCCGCCUAGUUAAUUCAUUCGAUGUGAGCCUAGCCAAGCGAGUUGGUGAGUUGGCUCCGAUUUCUAAAGCCGUGCAAGAAUGGGAUAGCAUAAAUGAGGUGUGCAUUCUGGAGAAUGGGAUGAUUACGUUCGCCUACUGAUGCCAUGCCAACCUUUCCGUGUCCUCAGUCUAUAUCGGAGCUAAAUUCCCUACUCGUUGACCCCAGCACGGACCCUGAAUUGCGGUCUCUUGCCAUUGAAGAGCUGGAGAACAGCAGAGCCACCAUACCAGCAAUAUCGAGCAAAUUAAAACAUUCGCUCGUCCCACGUCAUCCUUUCGCAGAACUUCCAUGCCUUCUUGAAAUCCGGCCUGGCGCGGGUGGAGAUGAGGCUGGUAUCUUCGCUUUAGAGCUUUUAAAAAUGUACAGGGCUUUCUGCUCUCGACGUGGUCUUCGUUCAACCGUCUUGAAACAAGAACUCGAAGAUGGAGCGGCAGAAGACCGGUUGAGUGAAGCAGUUUUAGAAAUUGAGACGGACGGAGCUUACGACAUCCUAAGAACCGAAUCUGGAGUUCACAGGGUCCAGAGGGUUCCCGUCACGGAGACGAAAGGGCGUACGCAUACGAGCGCCGUCAGCGUUAUGGUUCUUCCUAGUUUUCCGGAAGCGCGAAGCGGCGAGAGCAGCGCACUCGAUUACGAAAAUCCCAAUAGUGAUUACUAUAUUAGUCCACAAGAUGUUCGUUCCGAGAGAAUGAGAGCAAGUGGAGCGGGUGGGCAACAUGUGAACAAGACAGAAUCUGCUGUGCGACUUACCCAUAUUCCUACUGGUAUCGUUGUGUCCAUGCAGGACUCUCGAUCCCAGCAUGCAAACCGAAGGGCAGCAUGGCAAAUUCUCCGGGCGAAGUUGGCUGAAAUGCGGCGAGAAGCGCGAGAGCAGGAACUAGUCAAACUCAGAAGAGGGGCCAUGGGAGGUGUUGCUAAAAUGGGUCGCGGUGACAAGAUUCGUACUUACAACUAUGGUCAGAGUCGCUGCACAGAUCACCGCAGUGGUGUUACAGUACAUAAUUUAGGCGAUAUCCUCGACGGCGGGGACGGCCUUGAAACAGUGAUGGCCAGCGUGCGAGCCUGGUUAGAUGAUCGUCAGGCCGAGGCUAUGCUCGCAGAGGAGCUAGCCAAACCGGGCGAGGACAUAGCAAACAAGAAAUGAAUUCUAUC